AAGUAGUCACUCUCAAUCUCAAUACAGUACACACUUGUGUCUGCUUGCAUCACUCUCUCUCACUCUCUCUCUCUUUUCUUCUUCCUCUCUACAAUAUCAGAAUAGAAAAUAUCUCUCUAUCUUUCCCUUUUUCCAUCUAUCUAUCUCUCUUUGACAUUUGUGUUUCUGAACUCCAUCCAUGGCUGCUCUGGUUCUCUAUCUUCUGAGUCUCCUCAUGGCUGGCCAUUGUAGUGCCACAUGGUGUGUGUGCAAAACAGGACUGAGUGACUCAGUGCUACAAAAGACACUAGACUAUGCUUGUGGGAAUGGAGCGGACUGUAACCCAACUCACCCAAAGGGUUCUUGCUUCAACCCUGACAAUGUUAGGGCUCACUGUAACUAUGCUGUCAAUAGCUUCUUUCAAAAGAAAGGUCAGGCUUCUGAGUCUUGUAAUUUCACUGGUACUGCAACUCCUACCACCACUGAUCCCAGUUAUUCAGGGUGUCCAUUCCCUUCUAGUGCAAGUGGCUCUGGAGGAAGCAGCACCACCGUGACGCCAGGCAAAAGCAGUCCAAAAGGAAGCAACACUAUCACCACAUUUCCUGGCGGAAACAGUCCAUACACUGGCACACCAACCACCGGAUUAUUAGGAGGCAAUGUCACUGAUGCUACCGGAACCGGGUUUAACCCGGAUUACUCAACCGAAAACAGCGGUUUUGCGCUCCUUAAGUCCAACACCUUCUUCCUCUUCUUGUCUUCUGUCUUGAUGAUGAUGCUCUGAAGAUGAUGGAUGUCUUUCCCUAGUUUACUGUUUUAAAGCCAAAAGUUAUGUACUUCUAGUUCAAUUCGGAUUUCGGUUCAUGCUUUUUAAUUUUUCGGUUUGUAGGAAAACAAUUAACAAUGUAAAACCAAAUCGCCUUGGUACGAAUUCGGUUUCGGUUCAAUAUCUUUGAUCUUU